UCCUACACAACGCUCAGCAAAUAAGUAAAUUUUUUCUGGCAAAUUUCAAUGAAAACGGUCUGUAAAUUAUGGCAAAAAGGGAAUUUAUGGAUAAAUUUUCAAUAGUUUAUGUUUUGAUUUACAAUUUGGUUCCCGAUCUGUUAAACAAACAUGAACUGAAAUCGUAAAAUUUCAUUCUGCAGCGUCGGAAAAAGGUGGUGGUGUCACCGUAAAAACGGAGCACGACCAAAAGAAACGUUCAAAGAACCGACGAAAACGCGAAACGAACCCCAUACGAAAAAGAAUACAAAAUAAUUGAAAAAAGAUACGAAAGUUGAAAUUGGCUAAAUGUAGAAAAUCAUAAAUACAGUGGAAUUGAACAAUAAGUAGCAGCACAGCCUUUUCUUCUGACUAAUGAUAAGAAUAAAGUUUGGAAUUUUCAAAAACAUAGAAAAAACAAAGUGAAAUUUUUAUAAUCCCAUUGUGAGCUUUGUUGGUGUAUAUGUAUGUUAAUGCAUGAAAAAUCAUUAAUUAAUAGUGGAUAUAUAAAAACAGCCGGGGGCUGCGACAUUGAUCUAUUUGAGCAGAACUCUGCAACAAUCUUCUGCCAAUAUCCACCGCCAUCGUCUGAUUGUGUCAAACAAACGGUACGGAGCUCUACUUAGACGUGUAAUUUUUGGCUUUUUUUUAUCCAAUUGCUCAUAUGUUGGUAGCUGAAGAAUAUCGGAGAACCUAUAACGUCGCAUCUUAUUGAGAUUUGUUGCUUCCUUACUUUUAAAAGCACCGACAAGACGAAAAGAACAUGGCAUACCGAAGGCCAAAUGAUCUGGAUGGCUUUAUACAGCUGAUGCCAAAGGCAGACAUGCGCGUUAAAGGACAGCUGGCCGAAGAUCUUGUAACAUUCCUGUGUGACGACACAAAUUCAAUAGUUUGUAUGGACAUGGGGCUGCUGGUUGAUGGUCUUAUGCCUUGGUUGACGGGAAGUCAUUUCAAAAUUGCACAAAAAUCCCUGGAAGCAUUCACAGAGCUUAUAAAACGGUUGGGACCUGAUUUCAAUGCAUAUACCUCGACAGUUUUGCCUCAUGUUAUUGAUCGUCUUGGUGAUAGCAAGGACACAGUACGCGAAAAAGCUCAGCUCUUGUUGCAAACGUUAAUGGAGCACAAAGUGCUUUCGCCGCAGGUGCUACUUGAUAAGUUGGCAGCCAGUUGUUUUAAGCACAAGAAUGCCAAAGUUCGCGAGGAGUUCCUGCAGACUAUUGUGAAUACGCUCAGUGUAUACGGAACAUCGCAAUUGAGUGUGCGCAAUUACAUUCAAUCCAUUUGUAUUUUGCUGGGUGACCCCACAGUUUCUGUGCGUGAUUCGGCCAUACAAACGUUAGUUGAGAUAUAUAAGCACGUUGGUGAUCGACUAAGACCCGAUCUUCGACGCCGGGAUGAUUUACCUGCAUCAAAACUAGCCAUAUUGGAGCAGAAAUUCGAUCAGAUAAAAAGUGAGGGCUUGCUUCUGAAGUCUGCACUUCAACAACAGGCCCAUACAAACAACAACGGACACGAUGAAGCGGAUAACAUUGCAGCACGUGAGAGACCAACAAAAAUUGUGAAACGCGCUAUUCCCUCAACAUCGCGUAGCAAAAACAACAUCGCAGCAGAGAGUGCUGCUGACGCUGGAGCAGUAACUAUGGAGAUAUUUGAAGCAUCCUUUGAAGCCGUGCCGCACUUGAACGUAUUUCAUCCAAAAGAUAUGGACGAUAUUUACAGGAAUAUUUUAGCUAUAACAGGAGACAAGAAUGCCGAUUGGGACAAACGAGUAGAUGCAUUGAAGAAAAUACGUUCUCUACUCCUACUGAACAUACAAGGCCAGCCACAAUUCGUCACAGUUCAGCUCAAGGAGUUGUCAAUUUCAUUCUUAGACAUUUUGAAGGAGGAACUUCGGUCACAAGUUAUCAGGGAGGCGUGCAUUACAAUAGCAUUUAUGUCAAAGACAUUGCACCAAAAAUUGGAUAAAUUUUGUGAAUAUAUUAUGGAACAGUUGAUUCUAUUAAUACAAAAUUCGGCAAAGGUCAUUGCAUCUGCAUCCGCACUAGCGGUGAAGUAUAUUAUAAAGUAUACCCACGCCCCCAAGUUAUUGAAGAUAAUUUCGGACAUGUUGCAAACAUCCAAAUCAAAAGACAUUCGUGCCGCUUUGUGUGAAAUUGUUUGCCUGUUGUGUGAAGAGUGGCCCACGAAGGCAAUUGAACGCAGCGCACCACUGUUGCGUGACACUUUAAAAAAGUCUAUCAGUGAUGCAGAUAGUGAAGCACGCCGUCAUUCCCGCCGAGCAUAUUGGGUAUUUCGACGCCAUUUUCCUGAACUGGCAGAUCAAAUCUAUUGUACUUUAGAUAUAGCAGCCCAAAAGGCACUAGAAAGAGAAAGAGAUGGUGGAGGCCUAGGGGGCGGCAAUGGUGUCGAGGAACGCCGUGCCACAGUUUCUACGGCUCGUAUCCAACGGUCUCCUGGGUCUAUACAGAAACCAGCGCCAGGUAUGCGAAGUGUAUCUGCCGUCGAUACAGCAGCUGCAAACAGAGCAAAAGCAAGGGCGCAGUAUGCAUUUCUUGCUAGAAAGAAAGCUGCGAAUGCUACAACAGCAAAUGCUACUUCUGGAAGUAGUGUGACCGGGUCACUGCCGCGCCAGAGACUGGGAGCUGCUAUACAGCAGCAAAGUACACAACAGGCUAGUAGCAACAGCAGUGUAUCGCCUAGAGUUCGUGGACGAGCUGGUGUCUCCCAAUCACAACCUGGAUCCAGGUCGACCUCUCCAAGCUCCAAGCUAAGAGAUCAACAUGGCAUAAGUUCGUAUUAUAGGCCCACUGGUACAAUACCCAAAAAAGCUUCAGGCAUUCCACGAUCUUUGGCAAGCUCUCGGGAAACUAGUCCAACACGCGUUGCAAAUAGUGGAGGGGCGCUUAUGAAACGCAGUUUGUACACAACGGCAAACUCUCGUCGAACGCCCGAUCGCAAUCAACCAACGCGUCAGUUAGCUGCAGCUCGUCUUCUUCAACAAAGCAGAGACGCUGAAAAUGCACUAGCUGAUGCUUUGUCCCCUGAAGGCAGUGGUGGUGAGUAUGUCUCAAUGGGUGACUAUGGCCGUGAUCGUGGAGGGGCAUAUUCUGCUGGCGCCCGUUUAAGUCGAAAGCUCAUGAAUCGCGAUGAAUCUGAUGACUCCGAAGCAUCUUCGGUGUGUUCGGAAAGGUCAUUUGACUCUUCGUACACUAGAGGAAACAAUUCCAACUAUUCUUUAUCCGGAUCGAGAAACCGUCUUGAUUGGAGCUAUCUUAGACCACCAUUUGAAGAUAUAGACACAAUUAUUCAGUACUGCGCCUCAACACAUUGGUCGGAACGUAAGGAUGGUCUCAUUAGCCUGACACAUUAUUUAGCUGAUGGCAAAGAACUGACACCGCAGCAGUUGCAGUUGGUACUUGAUACGUUCCGUAAAAUGUUUAUGGACACGCACACCAAAGUAUACUCGCUUUUCUUGGAAACAGUUACAGAACUUAUACUGGCAUACGCAAAUGACCUGCACGACUGGUUGUUUAUUUUGUUGACACGUCUUUUCAACAAGUUAGGAACGGAACUGUUAAACUCUAUGCAUGGAAAAAUAUGGAAGACAUUACAGGUGGUCCAUGAAUACUUCCCAACAGAUCUCCAAAUGAAAGAUGUCUUCCGUAUUCUAUCCGAUUCGGCUCAAACGCCAUGUACUAAGACCAGAAUCGCUAUACUGAAGUUUCUCACAAGCUUGGCUAACACAUAUUGUAAGAAUACAGACUUUCCCGGCUCAGAGGACGGAACAGUGUUGCCGAUAGUCGAAAAAGCCCUUCUUAAAAUUGUUCAAAUGGCGGGCGACCAGAAAAGUCUUGAACUAAGGAAUCAGGCGCGCCAUUGUCUGAUUGCGUUGUACAACUUGAAUACCCCACAAAUGACAAGGGUUCUAUCUACGUUGCCCAAAGGUUAUCAGGAUUCCGCAAAGGUGUGCAUACAAACUCAUUUACGACGUAGCAGUACAUCGGGCACAAACUCCCCUUCAUCCUCGCCCCUCUCAAGUUCGAGUCCAAAACCAUUACAAAGUCCAAACGUUAGUGGGCCAUUUUCCUCGCUUCAGCCACAAUUCACUAGUCCUCGUUCUCGCCAAUCAUCAGUCACUGACAACGAUUUGCUGGGCUAUUCGGAAGUAGAUGUACAGCAGAAUAUUCAAAAGACUACCGAAGAGAUACGAAACUGCUUCGGUGGCUUUGACACACAAUACAACUCGUUGGCCAAUAAUUCCAACGGAGGUGGUUAUAAUGGCCACUUAAGCGAGGCCGUCGACUCCUGCGCCUCUUCUAAUUCAAAGACGCAAUCGGCUACUACAACCGAAUCGAAUACUCCAGAAAGCACGACAAUGCGUUUGGAUGGAAAUCUGCUUGAGCAGCAUCAAAAAAUGUCAUCUAGUGCAUUGGGCUCAGCACUGGCCCAAACAAAUUCGUCUUCUAUAGUGGAAUUUAAGUUCGCGGAUAAUGGUGAAAUGAUUCUGCAGAACGGAACUCAUGAAAGUGAAGUCAUUAAACAAGCACUGGGUCUUACACCAGAUAUGCCAGUUCCACAAGUCCAGUCUUCGUUAGUAAAUCUUGGUCUUUGCAUCAAAGGUGGCAACUGUGAAUUGCCCAACAAACACUUUAGGGCCAUUAUGAAAAUGCUCCUAAAUAUGCUGGACGCCUCUACGAAUGAAGUGGUUGUGGAGGCUCUGCAUGUGUUGAGUAAGAUUUUGCGACGUGUUCAAAUGAAACCAAAUUGGAUCAACUUCGUCGAACUGAUACUGCUUAAAAUCAUAAAUUGUUAUCCGAAAAGUAAGGAGACAAUGCGAGAACUCGAUAUGAUAAUUCCUCGAAUUGUACCAGCGCUCCCAUUGAAUUUGACCAUUAACAUUGUGAACCCUGUGAUUGCAACGGGCUCAUAUCCUGUGAAUCUGUGUGCCUUGAAAUUGCUUACAGAGUUGGCAGAUCGCCAUGGUUCUGAACUGACCGAGACACAGCUGGAAAUGGUUUUUCCCCAUUUGGCUCGCCUGGCGGAUGACUACCAAUCCAUGGUGCGCAAGGCUGCUGUUUUUUGCAUUGUCAAACUGUACAUUGUGAUGGGCGAGGAUAAGGUUAAGCCAAAAUUGACCAUGUUAAAUCCGAGCAAAGUGCGGCUCCUUAACGUUUACAUUGAGAAACAACGCGGUGGAGGCAGUUCAACCAAGAACUCAUCGGCAUCGUCAUCAUGAUUAUCGCGAGCAGUACAGCAACAUCAUCAGCUAGAAACAGGCGACGUUAGGUACUAAGCGAGCUCGUGUAUUGUCUUCUAGAUAGUAAUUUUAGUAGUCGAUAGAAUGCCCGUCUGCCUAUCUGAUACGUAAAUACCUUCAAAUAGUAUCAUGCUGUGCAACUAAGAUGUGCGUUUGUUCCCAUGAUUUCAAGAAAUAGUUAAAUUAUACACAUUCGUCAUUUGUUGAUGUUGCUUGGGAAUGUCAGCAGCUUACUAUUGUUCUUUGUAUAUGUAGUUUGCAAUCAAACGCGGAAGUUGAUCUCCGCAAUGUAAAAUACUUAUUGGCAAAAAUUCAACGCAACAUAAGUUGUUUUCGGUUCAGACGCCUUUCGUAUCCGUUGACUAGUAUAAACCAAUAGUCAGCCAACGCCAGGCAAUGAUGGGAUUUAACUGAAGAGAUUAACAUAAGGAUUAGCAUCAGUCUGUCAAGUAUCUACCUUAGCUAAAAUUUACCAUCACUCCUGUUUGUUAAGCGCAUUUCGUUUCUUUUUACGUUAUUUUUUUUUUUUUCUUUUUGUAAUUUUCUCAUCUCUUUAAGUUAUUAUUUUUUUACGCGUUCUUACUUUACAAACUCUUUUGUGUUUCUUAACCUGUCCUAUUUUUCUUUGUACGUUAAAAAUAUACUCUUUUCUAUUUAAUAAUCAUAAGUCUAAUAUGUUCUAAAACCUUGUAUUGUUUGUACACUUUUUCAUUUCUAAGCAAUAAUAAAACGAUUUACCCUUCGGACUGUAUUAAAAACUUCCGUGGUUGAACAAAAAUAAACCUGCAUCAAUGCGAAAAAAACAACUGAAACUUUUGUAAUAAAUUAUCUAAACUUAUUUUAAUUUUCUUUAAUUUUAAUUUUAAGUUAUACAUCUAAUGUUAAACACAUAUAGGUUUAAUAAUAUUAAUAUAUAAUACUAAUAUAACAACCAUUUGAAAAAUAUAUUAUUUAUAGUAAAAGAAAAGAAGAGAAGAGAAGAAAGAAGAAAAAAAAAGAAAACAAUAACAAAGAACUCGACACCACAAUCCAUUACCAUUCAAAUAAAACCAGUCAAAGCAAUGAACAUUGGCCUCUGUGAAAGUAUUUUAAGUUGAAAUUGUGAAAAGGGCGCGACCAUUCAUUCAUACAUGAUCUGUUCGAGGUCUAAUUUGUCCGUAAUCCAAUCAACUAUUUGCUUGGCCGGGGUUUAGCCUUUCUUCUCACAUCUAUAGCACUGCAUGUGCACAAAAACUAAUACAUAAUAGCCUUUCCAUAACUGUUAACUAUGCUUACGAAGGAUAAUUUCUCUUAUUUUCAAUAAGCUAAGAUUGUUGAAAGUGUUAAAUGACUGUGCAAGACCAUUCAUUUCUGCUUUCAAGACACACUAACAAUCAUAGAGAACAAUCAUCAAGAACUGAACUCUUCGUUAAAAAUACAACAUUGUAUGAGUCAAUUGAGAACUGAGUAAAACAGAUAAAGUAACGCGAUGGGUGAAUGCAUAAAAUGAGCCUUUCAGCGAAAAGAAAGAUUGAUUCGGAUUUCAGUGAGUGCACGUUGUACAAUGCAUCUAUUUGGGUACAUUUUGCUUCGGAAAAAGUACUAUUUUUCUUGUCGUCUGCUUCCGUAGUACGAAAUUCGUACGAAGGCAACGUGGUUGAUUUGAUUUGUGUGAUCAGUUCAUAUUUUGAAAAUGACAGCGAGUAAUUUCUCAUAACUCACUGUAGCGGCUAUGAAUUGGAGGCAAAAAUAUUCCCAAGUACUGAAUGGUGGUUGUUUUUCAAGAGUAUCUACUUAACAACAACUUGUUCGAUUUACUCUAUCUUCAGUGUCUCUCUCUUAAGUAGUCUUGAAAUACAACAUCAUGUGGGUUUAGUGUUCACGAGUUCAAUGAAAACAGUCACCAAUGAAUGGUUUUGUGCAGGCCUUUGCUGUAAACCCGAAAAAAAAAACAAAUUUGCCAGAGAACAAGUUUAAGGGACGACAUUAGAGCAAUGAUAGGCCCAAUAUCGAAUAAAACAUCAAAGUCAUUCAAUUGAUGUCAACUUUUGAAUGAGCUUUACUUGCAGAAUUGUGUACCUUUUUUUUAAUCUCCAAAGGAUAGAUUAGCGCAAUUGCCCUGAGCUUAUUCAACAGACUUGCAUGUGUAUAAAAGAAGUGACAAUGAUACAAAAAGUGUGUGUUUGAUCAUUUCUAACACAGCCAAUUUUGCCUAUGAACAUUCCACUAGGGAACAAGGGCUAACUUCUCACAUAUCAAUAAGUGCAGUCCGAUUUAAGUUUAAGCUCAAUGUUAAGGGGCAUCCUUUUUAUAGCCGAGUCCGAACGGCGUGCCGCAGUGCGACAGUUUGGAGAGAAGUUUUUACAUGGCAUAGUACCUCACAAAUGUUGCCAGCAUUAGGAGGGGAAAGCCAUUCUGAAAAAUGUUUUUUUCUGAUGGUCUCGCCAGUAUUGGAACCCAGGCAUUCAGCGUCAUAGGCGGACAGGCUAACCUCUGCGAUACGGUGGCCUCCAAAUGAGCAAAUUAAUAAAGCCUUCUUUUUACCUUCUUUUUUAAAAUGUCCAGCUGAGAUAGAGUUUGCAUUAGAUAUUUGGGAGUUGAAUCUCUUGCUUAUCCCGGAUCACCAUGGCAACGCAAAAGUACACUCCGCUUUCUGACUGUAAAAUUGCAAUAGUUUCUUAUUAUUGUGAAACUAUGCAUGUUUCUGAAAGCUUAAGCGUAGAAAGGCCUCUGAUGGGCGCUAAGCAACCGCCAGAAUUUUAAAAAUAACAAUGGUUGUGGACAAAAUUUGCUAAUUUUAUUGCUAUUCAAUGGUUGGGAUUGUAAAUGGACCAAUUCGGUCUACGUCUAGAUAUAGCUCUAAUAUAAACCGAUCUACCGAUUUGACUCCUUCAGCCCUUAGAAGGCGCAAUAUAAGUCCAAUUAGGAUGAAAUUGUGCACAAGCUCAUAUGUUAUGACUCUCUCAUCAUAUACGGCAAUUCUGGUUCAACUCGGCCAAUAAUCUGAUACAGCUCCCAUUUAAACCGAUCUCUGGAUUUGCCUUCUUGAGCCAAUAGAGGGCGCAAUUGAAAUUUGAAAUUUUGCACUCAAGCUGAUGUAGCUCCCAUGGCUUCAUGAGCCCCUACACGGCGAAAUUCUUAUACAAUUUGGCAAAAGCGACUAUGUUGAAUUGUACAAAAUAUCCUGUUUUCACUAAAUUUAUAUAUCUGAAAUGUUCCUCAACAAAAAACUUGUACCCCAACAUCCCGGGUGUAGCCAUGUGGCAAAGGAUAUUUCUCGCUUCAAAGGACACCUAGGGGCUAAAGCGCCAUAUAUUUUAAGAAUCCUAAACGUUCAAAUAAUUAAUCUUGAACAAAUCGUUCAAAAAUAUUCAGCAGAAAAUUUCAGGGUGAUUCGGGUUAAUCUGAAAUUCAACUUGAUUGGGAAGAUAUGUUUUGGCAACAAAUUCAAACGCAGCAAUACGUUAUUGAACGAACAAUGAUGAUGUAGUGCGUUGUACACUGAGGUGGCAGCCUUUGCCGAUGAAGGACUUCAUCGGGUCAAUCCGGUACGUACAACCGGCUGCUAUUGGAAGUCUUUCUGUACUCCUUGUUGUUGUCUUAGUAUAUGGAACGGUUAUAACGACUUCUGCUUCCGCAUCAUCUGACACCAAAUCCCCUUAUUUUUUUUUAAACAUAAAGAUUCCCUUAAUAUCUGAGUGAGACACCCCCGCAAGCUAUAAAAGCUUACAUUUAUAUAAAAAAGCAAUUGGAUGGAUGUUAUUGGUUAAUGCUUCAUGGUUUGCUGUCAUUCACAUUCGAAUAUAGACAUACUCGAAAAUAUGAAAUAUGUGUUAUGCUAAUUUCCAUUGUGAUCUUUAAUAAUUUGCAACUUGCUUUACCAAUCAACGUUGUUUUAAAAUUUGUAACUCAUAAUUUGACUCACAAUGUUGAAGGACAAAAAUUUCAUAAGAUUAGCUUUUCGUGCAUUAUUUAUUUAAAAAGAAAAAAAAAAAAUGUAAACAAAAACGAUGGGACACAAAUGCAUGUCCUAUAGGUUAUCAUUGCAAAUAUAUUAACUUGAAACUUACAUAUACUAUAUAAACUGUUUCAUUUGAUUUUUUUUUAAUUUUAUUAACUCUCUGCUAAUUAAUGUAUAUGUGACAUUUAAACAUUAGUAAAACAAAUACAAAAGUAAUUAAACUACAA